AUGGAGUGCCUCAACGGCAACGACCCGACGUUGCCAAAUUUUAAUGACCUUAAAGAUCCAAUGAACCGUAAUAAUCAAGAGGAAAAGAUAGCUGAUUAUUUUCAAGACUCCGUUAUCCUAGUCACUGGUGGUACGGGUUUCGUUGGAAAAGCACUGUUGGAGAAACUCCUCAGAAGCUGUCCCGGAAUCGACACUAUAUACGUUCUGAUGAGGCCUAAGAGAGGUCUAUCUGUGGAACAAAGGUAUAAGGAACUUUUGAAGAAUCAGGUUUUCGACCGUAUCCGGGCACGAUGGCCUGAGCGUUUGAGCAAGCUGUAUCCCAUAACCGGUGAUGUAUCUGCUCCUAACUUGGGAGUUAGUUCUGAGCAGCAAUUGCUGCUGAAACGCUGCCACACCGUGUUCCACUCAGCAGCAACGGUGAAGUUCACCGAGCCUUUACACGCGGCUGCUGGUUUGAAUGUUCAAGGAACAUCAACUCUCCUGAAAUUGGCAGGAGAUAUGCCUGUUCUGAAGGCUCUAGUCCAUGUUUCAACAGCAUACAGCAAUGCCCCGAGGAGUCAUAUAGAAGAAAGAGUUUAUCCACCGCCGUAUGAUCCAGAGAGCAUUGUCAGGUGUACAAAAAUGCUGCCAGCGGCUACCUUGGAUAUAAUCGCUGAAUCCUUACAGGGUGACCACCCCAAUCCUUACACGUUGACAAAGGCCCUUGCGGAGUCGAUCGUGUACAGCCAUACGGAACUGCCCGUCUGCAUUGUUCGACCAUCUAUUGUGACUGCUGCUUUCCAGGAGCCGUUCCCUGGAUGGAUCGAUAAUGUGUACGGCGUCACAGGCAUAAUUAUGGAAAUAUCUCGAGGUACCUACCGCUCGGGGUACUGUCGGGAACGGUACGUGGUCGAUCUAGUACCGGUUGAUAUUGUUGUCAACAGCUGCAUAUUAGCCGCGUGGAGACAAGGCUCGAAAAAACCAGGCCGUUGUCCUGUUUAUAAUGUUACCUCCGGAUCAAUCAAUCCUCUGCAAUGGGGUUAUUUUACGAAUCUUUGUGUUAAAUGGGCCAGAGAGAAUCCUACGAAAUAUGUCAUGUGGUACCCGAAUUUUGCUUUUACGGAGUCCAGAUUCAUGAACACGUUCUGGGAAAUAACUUGCCAUUUUCUGCCAGCAUUUCUUUAUGACUUAUUACUAAGAGCCCAAGGAAGAAAAGCCAUCAUGAUGAAAUUAGCACGUCGAUUCAAAAUGGCAGCAGCGACUGGUGAAUAUUUCGCUAAUAAUGAAUGGCAGUUCGGAGUAUCGGAAUUAACCGCUUUGCACAAUGAAGCAAGUGUAGCGAGCGAUUCGAACACUUUCGCUCAUUGGCCGGGACAAUUCAACUGGGAAUCUUAUAUUGGUUCCUACAUGCUCGGAAUUAGAAGAUUCAUUCUAAAGGACAGCACUGAAUCACUACCACAAGCGAGAAGUAAAUUGAAAAGAUUAUAUUGGGUACAUAGAUUGUUCCAAGUUGCAACAGGGUACUAUAUCUUCAGGUUUCUUGCUGGACGACUGCGAUAAAGUUAUUUCUACAAUAAAUAAAUAAGAUAGCUUAAAAAUAAUACUUAUAAGCAAUGG